AUGGCGCGCGGUGCCGCUAGAAAGCGGCGGCGCGAGUCGUCGCCCCCUGCAGCCGCCGCCGCGGCACGCGACGGGAGGAAGCUCCUCUUCGGCGAGUUCGUCGAGGUGUUGAGUUGUGAUCCAGGGCUAUGUGGCUCCUGGCAUAAGGCUGUUGUUAUUGGUAUCCAGGAAAAUGCUCGCACCGUAAGAUAUACUGAUUUCAUUGAUGAAAAUGGAUCGCCCCUUGUUGAGAAUGUUCAAGUGUCCGAUGCCAUUGAUGGCAAGUCAAGCAUGCCUGAGGAAGUCAUUCGUGGCAAUGUUAGGCCAAUGUGUCCACAUCAACGGCUGCAGGUAUCUCAUGCAAGCUAUGGACUCUGUGUUGAUGCACUCAUAGAAGGUUCCUACUGGGAAGGUGUUAUUGCUGAUCAUGCUGAAGGCUCUAUGGAAAGGAAAGUCAUUUUCCCUGAUGAAGGUGAUGAAUGCACUAUCGAAGUCGAUCAGCUACGUCUUACUCAAGACUGGGAUGAAGUUACAGGGAAAUGGAAACCACGUGGAAUCUGGUUGUUUCUGCAGAUGAUUUUGUCACAUGAAGAGAGAGAUGGUUUACCUGUGUCAGUCAGGCAGAUAUGGUUUGACUUAAGAUCCAAACCUUCUUUUAAGACUGAUGCCAAAAUGUGGAUGCGUGGAACAGAAGAAUUUUGGGAGAGAUCACUUGCAGAUCUCAUUGCUGAAUUGUGGUCUCUAUGUGGCAAGCCUACCCUAGAUGGAUAUCAAGUGGAAGCAGUCUUUCAGAAGGACAAAGUUGAGACCACUGUCUUGGAUAAGCUGGAUCCAUCCCAAGCAUUAUCAGAAUACAUCUCAUGCUAUCGCAAUAAUAAUAGGAAAAAUGCUCUUAUCAAAAAGGAGUUGGCAAAGCAACACCUUAAAUCUUUAGGAUGGACCUUUCUGGAUGACCAUCCUAAGAACAAGUUUUACAUCUCACCUGAUGGUAAGCGGUUCCCAUCUUUUCUAGGAGCAUGCCAGGCGUGUUUGGCUGCAAAAGAAGCAAAUGAUUGCCAAGAUGAUUAUACAGAAAAUUUGCAUCUAGACAGUAUUAGUGUGGUGCACAAGAAUGCAUGCUACAACCCGAUGCGCAUGGAUCUUGCCUUGAUAAAGAACAAGUCCAAUGAUAAAUGGAUCACGACUCCAGGAUCUUGGGAGUUGGUUCAACUCGAUGCUGAAUUUUCCCCACAGAUAGUUUCUCUUCUUGCUAGUUACCAAGAUGGCACUACUGUUCUACAGAGGAGCAUUGACAGAACUCUGAGUGUGAAGCUGAAGAAGCAUCUACUGGCAUUGGGUUGGAGUAUUAAGUUCAGAACUGAUGAAAUUAUGCUAGGAAAUGGCCAUCACAGACAUAUUCCGAGAUACCGGUAUGAGUCACCUGAUGGGAAGACUUAUGUUUCUAUCAUUCAGGUAAUAUGCAGCUUGAUAGUUGGAGGCGUUAAACAAGAUAUAAUAACUGACAGACACAACUAUCGGACAGCACCAAAAGGUUUUCAUUCGACAGUGUCAACUGACCUGGCAAGGCUCAGUAAACGUAAAAGAAGGGAUAAAUCUGAUGCCCUUGAAAAAUACAUAGACUAUAUGGAAGCUGAUAAGAAAAAUUCCAGGAGGAGGAAACUGUUGAGAUCAAAUGCUAAGAAGUUUCUCAAAUCUGCUGGGUGGAAUUUUUGGUUAAAGCAAAAGUCUAGAAACAAACUGGAGUUGAGGUAUGAUGCUCCACAUGGCAAGUCUUACAACUCUCUAGUGGCAGCAUGUAAGGGUUACCUGGAAAAAGGAUAUCAGGAGGACAAUGACGCAGACAUUGAAAUCGCCAACCAUGGUUCUGCUGAUGGUUCUAUGCAUCCAUCAAAGUUGGUAGCACUCAGUGGUGAUUCAAGUAAAAUGCAGGGUAUGCCUGUUGUGGACAGAUGUAGCAACAUGUUUACCUUGUCUGCACAUCAUGGAAAAUGUAGGAAAAGAAAAUCAUCUUCAAUUUCUUCGGACAGAGCACAAUAUCUUCGUUCAAGACAUGGACAGAUCCUUUCAAGUGAGCAUCGUGUGAGGACAGUUUUGUCUUUGUUGGUAAAGAAAAAAAUUGUGGUACCAGGGUAUAAGGUUACAUAUAAGCAAAGUGAUGGACCUGGGAUAAAGGAUGGUUCCAUCUUCAGAGAUAGAAUAAAAUGCAUGUGUUGUAAUGAAAUAUUCACUGUGGAGAAUUUUGAGGUUCAUGCUGGGAGCAGUACACCAUUACCUUUGGCUCAUAUGUUUUUAAAGGAUGGAAUGUCCCUAUCACAGUGUUUAGUUGAAUUCAUGGGUGGAAACAAGCCCAGAGAUCCACAUCCACUGCAUGUACGCUUGAAGGGAAAAAAUUCUGAUCUGGAAAGUGAUUCAAUAUGCUCUGUGUGCCAUGAUGGUGGGGAUUUAUUACUUUGUGACAAUUGCCCAUCAUCUUAUCAUCAUGAUUGUGUCGGUUUGGAGGUAGAGGCCAUUCCGGAAGGAAACUGGUAUUGCCCAUCCUGCAGAUGCAGUAUUUGUAACUUGAGUGAUUAUGAUCCUGAUACCAGCCAAUUCACUGAGAAGACCAUAGUGUACUGUGAUCAGUGUGAACGGGAAUAUCAUGUCGGUUGCACUAGAAAUAGUGACCAUCAGCUUAUCUGCCGACCAGAAGGUUGUUGGUUUUGCAGCAGGGGAUGCUCAAAUGUAUUUCAACAUUUGCAAGAACUCAUGGGGAAAUCAGUUCCAACUCCAAUCGAAGGCGUAUCUUGUACUAUCUUGAAAUUUUGUAGAGGGAAUGGCAGUGACCACGGUGAUUAUGAUGAUGAGAUAAUGGCAGACCAUUAUGGCAAGUUGUGCGUUGCAGUUGAUAUUCUUCAUGAAUGCUUUGUUACUAUUAUCGAGCCUCGCACACAGAGUGAUAUUUCUGAGGAUAUUGUCUUCAAUAGAGAAUCAGAACUCAGACGACUAAAUUUUAGGGGAUUCUACACAAUACUUCUCCAGAAAGGUGGUGAACUAGUAUCUGUCGGCACUUUUAGGAUUUGCGGCCAGAAGUUUGCCGAGCUGCCUCUCAUCGGUACAAGUUCUCCAUACCGUCGCCAAGGAAUGUGCCGACUUCUAAUUAAUGAACUGGAAAAGUUGCUUUUAGACUUGGGGGUGGAAAGACUUCUAUUACCGGCAGUUCCUGAACUUUUGGAAACAUGGACAUGCUCAUUUGGUUUCACAGUUAUGUCAAAUUCUGAUAGGCUUGAGUUGGCAGGGAAUAGCAUUCUCAGUUUCCAGGGAACCACCAUGUGUCAGAAGAUUUUAAAUGUUGCACACAACAUUUCACAAGAUAAAAGUGUUCCAUCAAUGUCCAAUUCUGAGAGAAUGGGGUUGGCAGAGAACAUGGUGGUGAAGAAGGUAUUUGUUCCAUUGACAGUGGAGCCAGACCAUCAGGUUGAUUUGAUUGUGGAGCCUGAGCUAGUAAUGGAAAUUGAGAAUAACAGCAGCAAAGAGGGUAUUUCUUCAAUUGAUCCUCUGACUAGUAUGCCAGACCCUCAAGUUGGUCUGACAGUGGGGCCAGAGCUGGUACUGGUUAGUCAGGAAAACAAAGGUGAAGAGGGUAUUUGUUUCAUUGAUGCUCCAACUUGCACGCCAGAUCCUCAAGUUGGUUUAACAAUGGACAUUCAUGAACAACCAUAUGUCAGGAAGAGUGCUGCCCUCGCCGCCGUUGCGUUGUCUUCCUCCGUGCUCCUGCUCCACGCCUUCUUCUCUCUUCCGGCAGCCUCGGCGCUCUCCGUCGGGCUGGCGCGGCGCCACCGGCACGACGCCGCGCCCGGGCUGGCCGCCGGCUGCGACGUCUUCAGUGGCAGCUGGGCCCUCGACGACGGCGGCGGCUCAUCGGCGGCGUACACCGGGUACAACUGCCCGCUCAUCGACGCAGAGUUCAAUUGUCAGCUCUACGGCCGCCCAGACUCCGACUACCUCCGGUACGUCUGGAAGCCGGCCGGCUGCGAGCUACCGAGGUUCGAUGGAGCGGACUUCUUGACGCGGAUGAAGGGGAAGACGGUGAUGUUCGUGGGCGACUCGCUGGGCCGCAACCAGUGGGAGUCGCUCGUCUGCCUGCUGCACGCCGCCGCGCCGCAGUCGCCGGCGCAGCUCGUCUCCGCGGACCCUCUGUACACCUACAAGUUCCUGGAGUACCAGGUGACGGUAUCCUUCUACCGCGCGCCGUACCUGGUGGACAUCGACGUGGUCCAGGGGAAGCGGGUGCUGAUGCUGGACGACAUCUCCGAGAACGCCGAGGCGUGGCGCGACGCCGACGUGCUCUCCUUCAACUCCGGCCACUGGUGGACGCACACCGGCUCGAUGCAGGGGUGGGACUACAUGGGCGAGUCUGGUCGAUACUACGAGGACAUGGACCGCACGGUGGCAUUCCAGCGCGGCCUCACCACCUGGGCCAACUGGGUGAACCUCAACCUCGAUCAAGCCAAGACCCGUGUCUUUUUCCAGUCCAUGUCGCCCACGCACUACAGCUAUUAUUCUCACCCCUCGAAGGAAUGGCCCAACCCGGUAUCGAAGAACUGCUACGGCGAGACGGCACCGGUGACUGGGCUCAACUCGACCGGCCAGGCCUCGGGCCAGGACCAGGUGAUCCAGGCCGUGCUGCGGGGCAUGAAGAGCCCCGUGCGUCUCCUCGACAUCACGGCGCUGUCGGCGAUGCGGAAGGACGCGCACCCAUCGGUGUACAGCGGCGACUUCUCGCCGGCGCAGCGUGCCAACCCCGGCUCCGGCUCCGUCGACUGCAGCCACUGGUGCCUCCCCGGCCUCCCGGACACCUGGAACCAGCUCUUCUACACACUCCUCUUCUACAAAUAG